UAAAAGCGGCGCGACUCGAGGAUUUCUCGCAGUUACUACAUCGACUCUUCACCGUCGACAACAGUAACGCUGUUAAUCUCGUUUACAGAUCAUUCCUAAUUAGGCCUAGAGGAAAAUGCGCGAGUGUAUUUCCAUUCACGUGGGUCAAGCUGGUGUCCAGAUUGGCAAUGCCUGCUGGGAACUUUACUGUCUCGAGCAUGGGAUUCAGCCGGAUGGACAGAUGCCCAGUGAUAAAGCAAUCGGUGGAGGGGACGACUCCUUCAACACUUUUUUCAGCGAGACAGGAGCUGGCAAGCAUGUACCCAGGGCAGUGUUUGUAGAUCUGGAGCCCACUGUGAUCGAUGAGGUCCGCACUGGAACUUACCGGCAGCUUUUCCACCCGGAGCAGUUGAUCACUGGAAAGGAGGACGCAGCGAACAACUACGCUCGUGGCCAUUACACCAUUGGCAAAGAGAUCAUUGAUCUCGUUCUUGACAGGAUUCGCAAACUGGCUGAUCAGUGCACUGGGCUUCAGGGCUUCUUGGUGUUUCACAGCUUUGGAGGAGGAACCGGUUCUGGUUUCACCUCUUUGCUGAUGGAGCGUCUUUCUGUCGAUUAUGGAAAGAAAUCCAAGCUUGAGUUCUCCAUCUAUCCAGCUCCACAGGUCUCCACUGCUGUGGUGGAGCCCUACAACUCCAUUCUCACUACACACACCACCCUCGAGCACUCAGACUGUGCUUUCAUGGUCGACAACGAGGCCAUCUAUGACAUCUGCCGUAGAAACCUUGAUAUCGAGCGUCCUACUUACACCAACCUUAAUAGGCUGAUCAGCCAGAUUGUGUCAUCCAUUACUGCCUCUCUCCGAUUCGACGGCGCCCUAAAUGUUGAUCUUACAGAGUUUCAAACCAACUUGGUGCCGUAUCCACGUAUCCAUUUUCCUUUGGCAACUUACGCUCCUGUGAUCUCUGCUGAGAAAGCUUACCAUGAGCAGCUCUCAGUGGCUGAGAUCACUAACGCUUGCUUUGAACCAGCCAAUCAGAUGGUCAAAUGCGACCCACGUCACGGGAAGUACAUGGCCUGCUGCCUGUUGUACCGCGGCGAUGUUGUGCCUAAAGAUGUAAAUGCUGCAAUUGCCACCAUUAAGACCAAGCGCAGCAUCCAGUUUGUGGACUGGUGUCCAACUGGUUUCAAGGUUGGCAUCAACUACCAGCCUCCCACUGUUGUCCCCGGUGGUGAUUUGGCGAAGGUGCAGCGAGCCGUGUGCAUGCUGAGCAACACCACUGCCAUCGCCGAGGCUUGGGCCAGGCUUGAUCAUAAGUUCGAUCUGAUGUACGCUAAGCGUGCCUUUGUGCACUGGUACGUAGGUGAAGGAAUGGAGGAGGGCGAGUUCUCUGAGGCUAGAGAAGACAUGGCAGCUCUGGAGAAAGAUUAUGAGGAGGUGGGUGUAGAUUCAGUCGAGGGAGAAGGAGAAGAGGAAGGUGAGGAGUAUUAAGAUGACACAUUUCAAGUGAGCAUUCAGUUUGUCUAUUGCAGUGUAGAAAACGUGCUGUAAAUAUUUGUUCUUUACAUCAUGUUAACCACGAAUUUGAUGCAAGGAAUAUUUUAUGGAUCAUCCAAAAAAAGUGUAUAAAUAAAAUAAAAUUAUGCACUGACCUUACCAACUUCUGCAAUAAAUUGACCAUUUGAAGGGA